GUCAAGCUAAACUGUGAUUUAUUUAUCCUACUUAUUUUGAUAGCAUGGUAGCGAGACUCAGCUUCGUCCAGAAAGCCAAAGCCAAAGGCUAACCCCGCGCGAUCGCUGCGUACUUAGACGGAUGCAGCGCCACCCGCUUGUGCGAAGGCUAGAAGGCCUGGGAUACUGCCGAGACACCGUAGAAUGUGCAUUCCAGACAUACCUAAGUCAGCGGGAUUGCCUUGCUGUAGAUGUCCGCGACAACGAGGAGGGUAUAAACGCCCUCCUUGAUAUAAUCUAUGGCGGUCAAGGAGAAGAAGAUAAUGGAUCAGGGCAAAAGCAGCAAGGAGAAGAACCAAGUUGCAGCGAAGAUGGAGAGGCCGAUGAAGAUGAUUACAGCGGCAGCGGCAGUGAAGAUGGCAACUCGAGCGAGCAAGGUGGCAGCGAGGAAGACUAUGGUAGCGAUGAUGACGACGCUGAGGACGCGGACUGGGAAGAGCCCAAGCGCGGAGGCGAGAAGUUCAGCGCCGGUCAGGAUAGCGAUGAUGAUUUCGUUGAGGUUGUCCAGCCCGCUCAGCGGCGCCCGCCCCAGCCGAGCAGCGCAG